GUAGUCUAGUCUAGUCCGUUGGAACCGAGGUAUAGAGGUAUUCAACUGUGAUUUUUCUAACUGCUGGAAGGUGCUUGGAGAUUUAUUUAUGGACAUCGCGCAGUAUUGCUAUAUUGAACGGUUGAACCUAGAAGCGCAAUCAGAACUUUAUAGAGGAGUGCAGGAAUGUAUUGUGAUUGUUGAACUACUGAACUAAGUGUUUCACCAGGGCCUUUAAAGAAAAAUGUCAAAAGAAAAGGGUCAAAGCACAACUGAUGUGAGGGAGAGCAUCGCAAUUAUUUGUAGAAUGUUGAAAUAUUCAGACAUUUAUCACAACUUAUCACCUGAUAGCAUUCGACAAGCAAAGUUUGAUAAGCCUGAAGUGGUAAACACUCUUGUUGAAGUUCUAUUUGCCAUCAUUGAAUAUGAUGACAAGUCAAAUCAAUCAUCAGUCGGUGAGAAUUUGCAAACAAAGAUUAUUGUCAACAAAUUAAAACAUUUAUGGUAUCCACGAUUAUCAAUUCUCAUUGAUGAAAAAGGAAAAUUCCAUUCAAGUCGUGAAAUAUUACUCGCUAUAUCAUGGUAUUUUCAUUGUGCAAGAACAUUUGAUUUCAUCAGAAAUAAAGCUUCUGAGCCAGUAGAUAUUCUAAAUAUUUUAUCAACUUUAACAAAGAAAUCAAAAUUUCCAAAGACUUGUGACAGAAAAUCUACCAGUAAUAUGGACCAACUUUCUAUAGAAGACAAAAUGAACUAUAUUUCAUGGCUGGUUUCCCAAAUUAGGGCAUUCAGUAAUCAAAUCAUCUCAAUUGAGUCUGGGAAUCAGUGUAAAAAAUUUCAGAUAACAUCAUAUACAAUAAGUAGUUUCCAACAAGAUCCUCUUUUAUUACUUGUUCUACGUUAUCCAGCAUUACAAACUGAGUUUGAGAGGCGAUUGGAAAGAAAAGUAUUACUAUUGCAAUCUUGUAUAAAAUGGAAAAGUCUUCAAAACGUUUUCUGGGUUUGGAUGGAUAGUGUUCUGAGCAAUGCUCCAUGUCAGGAAUCAAAAAGCAAUUCUACCUUUGAUGUACAAUCAACAUGUCAGUCACCCUUACUUCCUGUGUUCAAAGACAAGAUGAAAUGUCUACAGACUGAAGUAGAGAAAAACGUUGAAAACACGAGUGAGAAACUCGAUCUUUUGUCUUCAUUACAACCAGAACAAAGAGCAGAAAUAGAUAAAGAAAUCAAUUUGUUGAAUACAUUGAUAAGAGAUGCAGGUCGUCAUCCAAAGUUGAGACGAGUGAAAGGUAACAGCGUUAGUUCAGUUGACCAUCAUGGACAUGGUGUGGAGAAGAUCAUUCCGUUGUCUGAAAGUGAUAGACUUGAGAAUUGUAUCAAUAAAAUGGAGGAAGCGAUAGAUAACUUGAGACUGACAUGCAAAGAGAAGAUAUUACAAAUUAAUGGAAAUUUCCCAGAAGUUGUUCUCAUUCCACCUGAAGUUCCCAGUCAUAAAAAAGCAGUAUCUGAAUUUAGAUCAUGUUCAAGUUGACAUAAGCCAGAGAUUUAUUAAACUUUCUGUAUAAGCUAGUUGUUAGCCAUCCUUCUUCAACACUCGAAAUAAAUUUCUGGUUGUUGCACAGCCAAUGUAA